AGGGAGCGGUAACCUGACCUCCAUUGGACUCUUCUCCUUUGUUCUUACCCCCUCCUCAAAUUUCCCCUGUUCUGUGGACUUUUUAUACGGGGUCUCCUGAACACGAAAAUUUUUAACAGCUACCCAUUUCUUCUCUCUCUCUCUGUAGAUCCAAGCCCACCAUUAAAAAUCUAAUCUUGGAGGUCUAUCCCUGGAAUCCUAAGCGAAAAAAACAUGGAGAACAGAGCUCUUGGGCUUCUCAUUUUGUUACCAUUUCUUCUCAAUUUUUUUGGGACUUUGGCGGCUGAGGAGACCUGUUCAGGGACUGUGCCGAUGAGAAGGAGACCAGAGACGAUAUCCAUUACAGAAUUUGGAGGGGUUGGAGAUGGGAGGAGGCUUAAUACUAGGGCCUUUAGAAACGCUGUGUACAGGAUUCAGCACUUGAGGAAGAGAGGAGGAACAAUGCUUUAUGUCCCCCCUGGAGUUUGGCUCACUGGCAAUUUCAAUCUCACUAGCCACAUGACUCUGUACUUGGCUAGAGGCGCCGUCAUUAAAGCUACUAAGGACACAUGGAGCUGGCCUUUGAUGGAUCCUUUGCCAUCUUAUGGGAGAGGGAGGGAGCUACCAGGAGGGAGAUACGCAAGUUUGAUUCAUGGCAACGGACUCCGAGAUGUGAUAAUCACAGGCGACAAGGGUGUAAUCGAUGGACAGGGUGAAGUUUGGUGGAAUAUGUGGAGGCAGAGGUCUCUUCGAUAUACAAGACCGCAUUUGUUAGAGUUCAUGCAUUCCUCUGAUAUCUUAAUCUCUAACGUCGUCUUCAAGAAUUCCCCAUUUUGGAAUAUUCACCCCGUUUAUUGCAACAAUGUGGUAGUAAGAUAUGUAGCCAUCGUGGCACCUCAUGACUCUCCCAAUACUGAUGGAGUAGACCCAGAUUCAAGCUCCAACGUCUGCAUAGAGGACACCUUCAUCUCAACCGGCGACGACCUAGUCGCCAUUAAGAGCGACAUCACCGUCCGCAGGCUGACAGGCUCCACCCCGUUUUCCGGAUUCUCCAUCGGAAGCGAAGCUUCGGGAGGAAUCCAGAACAUCUUCGUCCAGAACAUGAACAUCUACAGCACAGGCAUCGGCAUCCACAUCAAAACCAAAGCAGGCAGAGGCGGAUACAUAAAGAACGUCAGGAUAUCCGACGUCAACAUGCGUAACGUUCGAAAGGGAGUGGUACUCACUGGAGACGCUGGGGACCACCCGGACGAGAAUUUCAAUGCGAACGCGCUUCCAGCCGUGGACGGGGUGACCAUAAGGAACGUCUGGGGAGUCGGGGUGCAGCAGCCGGGGAUGAUUCAGGGGAUCAGGAACGCGCCGUUCAAGAGAAUUUGUAUGGACAAUGUGAAGCUUUCGGGGGGUUGGAAGAGGCGGGAAGCGGUGUUUGAGUGUAUGAUCAGAGGAUUGAGCUUGGUGGGUAUGGUUGAGGAUGCAAAGAAGGUGCUUGAUGAAAUGGGUCACUUGGGGUUUAAGCCAUCGGGGUUUGAGUAUAGAGUGGUGAUUCAAGGGUAUGGACGGUUAGGGUCGUUUAAGGAGAUGAGGAGGGGGAUUGGGAGAAUGGGUGAUGCUGAAAUUGGAAUUGAUACGAUUUGUGCGGAUUUGGUGCUCUCUUGUUAUGAGAAGGUGCUCGAAAUGUUGAAUGAUGAGGAGGCUUUGCCAGUUAAGGAAUUGGCUGAUGCAUCAGUCUUGCUUGAGAAUUGGUGUGGUCUGAUUCAGAAGGAAGAAGAUGUUAAUUUUUAUAAUAGGACUGAGUUCUACUCUCAGACUUUCCAUUGA